CGUCAUCAGACCUCACCGGCACCGUGUCUGCUGACGGUACAUUAACCAAACACUCUGCGAUAGUUUCCCCCUUCAUCAAGUUGUCAUGUCUGAGCAGGCCGUCGUGGAGAAAAUGAGCGAGCUGCAGGUGGACGGAGGGAAAAAGGGUGGACCUGAAGGUGGUAAAGACGGGGGAAAGAAGAAGGCUAAAAAUGCUGCUGGGGACUCUGGUGGCAAGGGUGAACUGACACCGCCACCUCAGUACAUUGACGAGCGCCUCAGUCUUUACACAAAGCUGAAAGCUGAGCAUGAUGCUUUGAUGGCUGAGAGGGCUGCAAAGGACAGCAAACCCAUCAAGGUGACCUUGCCCGAUGGAAAGGUGGUGGAGGCUGAGUCCUGGAAGACCACCCCGUACCAGGUGGCCUGUGGAAUCAGUCAAGGCCUGGCCGACAACACGGUGAUUGCCAAAGUAAACAACGGCGUGUGGGAUCUGGACAGACCUCUGGAGGACGACUGCAGCCUCCAGUUGCUCAAAUUUGAUGACGAGGAAGCUCAAGCUGUGUACUGGCACUCCAGUGCCCACAUCCUGGGUGAAGCCAUGGAGAGGGUGUACGGAGGCUGCCUCUGCUACGGCCCCCCCAUCGAGAGCGGCUUCUACUACGACAUGUUCCUGGACAACAACGAAGGCGUAUCCAGCAAUGACUUCCCUGGACUGGAGACUUUGUGCAAGAAAAUCAUCAAGGAGAAGCAGCCGUUUGAGAGGCUGGAAAUAAAGAAGGAAACUCUGUUGGAAAUGUUCAAGUACAACAAGUUCAAAUGCCGCAUUCUGAAUGAGAAAGUCACCACUCCAACCACCACUGUGUACAGAUGUGGUCCCCUGAUUGAUUUGUGUCGGGGCCCUCAUGUGAGACACACCGGAAAAAUCAAGGCCCUUAAGAUCCACAAGAAUUCGUCCACUUACUGGGAGGGGAAGGCAGACAUGGAAACCCUCCAGAGGAUCUACGGAAUCUCCUUCCCUGACCCCAAAAUGCUCAAAGAAUGGGAGAAGUUUCAGGAGGAGGCCAAAAACCGAGAUCACCGCAAACUGGGCCGGGAACAGGACCUGUUUUUCUUCCACGACCUGAGUCCAGGGAGCUGCUUCUUCCUGCCCAAGGGUUCCUUCAUCUACAACACCCUGAUCGAGUUCAUCAGAAGCGAGUACAGGAAGAGGGGCUUCCAGGAGGUGGUGACGCCCAACAUCUACAACAGCAAGCUGUGGCAGACCUCGGGACACUGGCAGCACUACAGCGAGAACAUGUUCUCCUUCGAGGCCGAGAAGGAAACCUUCGCCCUCAAGCCCAUGAACUGCCCCGGACACUGCCUGAUGUUCGAUCACCGUCCUCGCUCCUGGAGAGAGCUCCCCCUUCGGUUGGCCGACUUCGGCGUCCUGCACAGGAACGAGCUCUCCGGAGCUCUGACCGGUCUGACCCGCGUGCGGCGCUUCCAGCAGGACGACGCCCACAUCUUCUGCUCCAUGGACCAGAUUGAGGGGGAGAUCAAGGGAUGCCUGGACUUCCUGCGGACCGUGUACGACGUGUUCGGCUUCACGUUCAAGCUCAACCUUUCCACCCGGCCAGAGAAGUUCCUGGGAGACCCGGAGGUCUGGGACCAAGCGGAGAAGCAACUGGAGAACAGCUUGAAUGACUUUGGGGAGAAGUGGGUCCUCAACCCGGGCGACGGAGCGUUCUACGGACCCAAGAUUGACAUUCAAAUCAAGGACGCCAUCGGUCGAUACCAUCAGUGCGCCACGAUACAGCUCGAUUUCCAGCUCCCGAUCAGGUUUAAUCUGUCCUUCGUCAGCCAUGAUGGAGACGACAAGAAGAGACCAGUGAUCAUCCACAGAGCCAUCCUGGGAUCAGUCGAGAGGAUGAUCGCUAUUCUGACGGAGAACUACGGAGGAAAAUGGCCGCUGUGGCUGUCUCCCCGUCAGGUGAUGGUCGUACCGGUGGGACCAACCUGUGACGAGUACGCUCAGAAAGUCAGACAGGACUUCCACAGCAGCGGCUUCAUGGCCGACGUGGACCUCGACCCCGGCUGCACCCUGAACAAGAAGAUCAGAAACGCACAGCUGGCGCAGUACAACUUCAUCUUGGUGGUGGGAGAAAAGGAGAAGACGAGCAACACGGUGAACGUUCGCACACGGGACAACAAAGUCCACGGCGAGCGCAGCGUGGAGGAGUGCAUCGAGCGUCUGAAGCAGCUGAAGACCUCCAAGAGCCGCAGCGCGGAGGAGGAGUUCUGAGCCUCAGCAGAACCUUCAGUCUGCAAAGGGCUCCGUGGUUUAAAACCUGCUUGAUUCCGGGAGGAACUCUGCUUUUUACAUGUUGCUACUUAGGUUUUUCAAUUGCAGCAAUCAUGUGGUGUUUGUUUCCUGGUGUCUUCCAUUUUCCUCUCUUCAUAUACUGUUGUUAUCAAAUGAAAUGGUUGCUGUUCUUCAUGAGAUGAAGGAGUUUUGUCCACAAACCUUCUGCAGGUGACUGAUGAGCCUCUGAUGUGAUGAGAUCUUUCAGCAGCUCUUCAGACAAAACAACACGAUUUCCUCACAAACUCUCCCGUAGUGAUCAAAACAAAGUGGGAGGAAUGGUUUCUCCAUUUAGCCGUUUGUAUCAAUCGCUCUUUCUUUCUUCAGGGAAUUGUACAUGCGAUACCGUUUUGAUAAUUAAACAGUCUAUUCUUGAUGUG